UGGAGCUUCAAGAUCAGACGCGACGAGCACAGGCCACGCCACAUUUUCUAAGCACAGGCCACGCCACGCAAUGAUGCCCCAAGCCAAGUUCUCCAAUGCAACCGACCAUGAAUGAUGUCUAUCGCGAGGUGAAGGAAGGUCCAUUCCGCGGACUCCGUAUGGAAGGCGUGUGCCAAGCAGCCGGCCGACGACGUGGCGGAGUCCAAAGCACGGUACGCUUUGUGUCUCUUGUCGGGCGCCCCUAGGGGACCCUGUCGUUCGGUUCUACGACUGAGGGGGUUCAGCAUGAGGGCGUGUCGUCUUCGUUCAUUUUGCCAUUUCAACGCGAAAAAGAGAGGUUUUUAUAUUAAAUAGGCCUUCCCUCUCUUACGCUGUUGAAGGGCUUAAGAAAGUUGACGACAUGGUGCGGGAUGGAGUCCGGGACGGUCUCCGGACUCGCCUUUGCCGUUAAUCAGACGGCUCGCACUUAACUUGAUGGGUUAACCCUCUAUGCUCUCCGGCGGCAGUCGUAGAAGAUCAGGCACUGAAGUAGAUGAUGUUACAACAAACAGCAUCGAUGGAAAGACCACCUCCCAAUGGAAGGAAGAGGGUCGGUGCGAUGGGGCAUGCUCGAGGAGGGCUGAAGAUGCACGAUCGUGGCGUGACAGACGUCUGGGGAUGGAUUUGGACGCGAGCAAGAUGUGUGCCGCAUUUAGGGAAGAGCAUCCGGGAGACCAGUGCGAAGCAAGAUCCAUCUUGCAGAGCCAAGAACACCGCAGAGAGCCCAGCGUGUGACGAGAGCCCAGCGUGUGACGAGAGCCCAGCGUGUGACGAGAGCCCAGCGUGUGACGAGAGCCCAGCGUGUGACGAGAGCCCAGCGUGUGACGAGAGCCCAGCGUGUGACGAGAGCCCAGCGUGUGACGAGAGCCCAGCGUGUGACGAGAGCCCAGCGUGUGACGAGAGCCCAGCGUGUGACGAGAGCCCAGCGUGUGACGAGAGCCCAGCGUGUGACGAGAGCCCAGCGUGUGACGAGAGCCCAGCGUGUGACGAGAGCCCAGCGUGUGACGAGAGCCCAGCGUGUGACGAGAGCCCAGCGUGUGACGAGAGCCCAGCGUGUGACGAGAGCCCAGCGUGUGACGAGAGCCCAGCGUGUGACGAGAGCCCAGCGUGUGACGAGAGCCCAGCGUGUGACGAGAGCCCAGCGUGUGACGAGAGCCCAGCGUGUGACGAGAGCCCAGCGUGUGACGAGAGCCCAGCGUGUGACGAGAGCCCAGCGUGUGACGAGAGCCCAGCGUGUGACGAGAGCCCAGCGUGUGACGAGAGCCCAGCGUGUGACGAGAGCCCAGCGUGUGACGAGAGCCCAGCGUGUGACGAGAGCCCAGCGUGUGACGAGAGCCCAGCGUGUGACGAGAGCCCAGCGUGUGACGAGAGCCCAGCGUGUGACGAGAGCCCAGCGUGUGACGCGAACCCAGCGUGACGAGAGCCCCACUAUACAGAGGUUUGAACAUGAUCCCAGUUUGAACACGACAAGGACUUGGACAACAGCCGUGCCCGGCCACCUGACACGAUCCUGCCAAGGGAAGCGGUUGUGCCGUUAUCUUUUGAUCGAUUCCAAACGGCCAGACAGCCGAUGGAGAAUGCUGCAGUGUUACUUCAGGUAAGCGGCCAGACAGCCGAUGGAGAAUGCUGCAGUGUUACUUCAGGUAAGCGGCCAGACAGCCGAUGGAGAAUGCUGCAGUGUUACUUCAGUUUUCCCAAAAGAUGGGCAACACCAGAACAAGGGAACCACUCGCUCGAACUGCUGGAAAUGACACUGACAGAAGUGGAAGUCCUCGUCCGGAGCCGGUGUAACAUCUGUGGUUGUUUCCCAUGUGUC